UUGUGUUUGUUGUCUAGCCGCGAUGACCUACUUUUCUGAAGUCUAAAGUUAAACGGUAUUGAUAAAAUAGGAGCGAAAUGGGCAGAAAAUCAACGGGCGGUCAGUUUCUAAAGUAAAAGUAACAAAAUAUGCUCUCUUCAUAUAACUUCGAAAAAUUCUCUUUAUAUAAAACCCUCAAGCGGUUAGAAUUUCUUUGGCAGUAAGCUUGUGAACUCAGUGUGGUGAAGAAGUUACUUAGAAUUAAUUUUUACUUCAUUUUCCAAUAACAAAGCAGACAUAAGAAAAUGUGGCUUAAAUGCAUUAUUAAUAUCAUGAUAACGUUCUUAAUGUGCAAUGUCGUGCAAAUUCAAGGACUAGCAGCUUGUUUAAUACCCUCUACACAUCUUCGGCAAAAAUUAAAUACGAACUCUCUGAAUGAUCUUCCGCGCUUGACGGACAGCCGGAUAGUAGGUGGUCAGCGAAUCAAUAUAACCGAAGCUCCUUAUCAGGUUUCAUUGCAAACCGUUAAAAGAGGUCACAUAUGUGGAGGCUCAUUAAUUUCCUCACAAUGGGUAUUAACAGCAGCUCAUUGCACUUUUCAAAGACAAGCUUCCGAUUUUAAAGUACGUCUCGGCAGCUCAUAUACAUCGCACGACGGCCAACUUUUAAAUGUAACCGAAUUAAUACAACAUGAAAACUUCAAUUACUCUAACGUCGACUACGAUUAUUCAUUGUUAAAAUUAUCCGAAGAAGUAGAAUUCGAUGAAAGCAGAAGACCUGUUAAAUUACCUGAUUCGAAAUAUAAUUUCACUGACGGUACCACGUGCUACGUGAGCGGUUGGGGUAAUACGCAAAAUUCAGCAGAGUCCUCUCAAGAGUUGCGUUCAGCUGAAGUUCCUUUGUUCAAUCAAGAAAUGUGCUCAGCGAAAUAUAAGCGUUUUGGCGGCAUUACGCAACGUAUGAUUUGUGCCGGUUACGGUAAAGGCGGUAGAGACGCUUGCCAAGGAGAUUCGGGCGGGCCUUUAGUUAGCGACGAAGGCGUAUUGGUUGGCGUCGUAUCUUGGGGAUAUGGAUGCGCGAAACCUAACUAUCCGGGAGUGUAUUCGCGAGUGACAACAGCACGCGAUUGGAUACAAAAAAUGGCUGCUGUUUAAUAAACACUUUCAAUAUUUAUCUAUUCUGUUAUCUGUGGUCUUAUUAAUAUCGUUCAAUAAA